AUGCGUCUUUCAACUGGAUUUGUUCUGCUUUACGUCGCCAUCGCCUUUGUACAAAGCAAACCUCUUCUCAAUGGAGCCGUUGAUUUCAAUUCAAUCAUUAAUCAAUUUGCUUCACAAAAUAAUGUAGCAAAUCAAUUCGUACCCAGUGGUGUACAAGCGAUUAUUGCUCAAUACGCACAACUUGCAGCUUUGGCUAAUCAAACUGCAAAUGCUGUCAGCCAAGUUCCAGUGCCAGUAUCAUCAGCUGAAAUACAAGCCUUCUUCGCCUUAGUAAGUCAAGUCAAUCAACAAGUUGCUAGUGGCCAACUCAGUGCUGCUGAUGCUAACAAACAACUCGCUGCUGCUUUUCAACAAACAUUCAAUGCUGGCAAACCAAUUGCACCAGGCUUCGGAACUCGUGCCGCUCCAUCGGCUGCUCCAGUAUCAUCAGCUGAAAUACAAGCCUACUUCGCCUUAGUUGAUCAAAUCAGUCAACAAGUUGCUAGUGGCCAACUCAGUGCUGCUGAUGCUAACAAACAACUCGCUGCUGCUUUUCAACAAGUUUUCGGCUAA